AUGAGAAAGACCACAGUUUUCCUCCCCUAUCUCAUCACCAAGCUCUGCCUGAAAGCUGGUGCGGAGGCCCACCAGGAUGACAUAACAAAGGUAGCAUCUGUCAUCGAUGCUAAGACCUGGAAUGGUCUUAGGAGCACCUACAUUGAUACAACCCAGCCCAUUCCUGAAGACCUCAGACGCACUGUCACCAGUGAUGAUGAGGAGAAAGCUCCAGUGGUCCCGCAGAUGAAAGCCACAAAGGCCACUCCUUCAAAAUCCUCCACUUCUGCCCACGUCCCGGCAAGAAGAACCGUUCCCUCUCCCACCAAGGUGAAAAAGGAUACCCCUGUUGCUAUUGAAAGCAAACAGGGCAAAAAGAUAUCCCCUGCCAAAGAUCCCCCAAGAAAGGGGGAACGUUCAAGUCAAAGGCUGAAGACAACCUUCAGCAGCACUAAGAAGGCAGAGGGAGCAUCCUCUGAGAAGCCCAUCACUCUCUCUGACAGAGAAGAAGAGAGUGAUGACAAUGAGCCUUUGGCAAAAAGGCUGACGGCUGGGAGAACGUCAGCAUCUAAACCAGCUGCCAAGGAGACGUCCCCAAGCAGCUCUGACUCCACUUUCUCUAACGUUCUGCCCCCACCAUCACCACCUACUCACUCGUCAGCACCACCUAUCCCACAGCCCUCUUCCAGGCAACAACAGGGGGAGGGGAGAACAGAAAAAGAAGCAGCACCUGCUGCAGAAACACCAGUGCCUGAGAAAGAAGCUCAGCCACCAAAGAAAGCUGACAGAGGAAAGGGGAUCCUGUUGGAACCCCUUGAAAAGAAGAAAAAGCCAACAGGGCCCAAACAAAUCAAUUUGGGAGGUCCCCUGUCUUACCAUGUUAUCCGUCCUGACACUUCUGGGGAUGAGGCUUUUGCCAGAGCUCUAGCAGAGGAAGAAGGGAUGGUAGUUCCUCCACGGAUGGAGGAACCUACUGAAACAAAUCCCUCAUCAUCUAGACCAUCAAAAGAUGAGCCCAGCCCAACACCUGUUGCACCUCCUAUUAUUAGCAGCAGCCAGCAUAGCAAACAGACCACUUCCUCCCAUGUUACAGCAAUCCCCCUCCCAACUAAAAAGAAGUCCCAAAUUGGGAUUGCUGAAAUUUUUGAGAUGAUGGGGAAGAGGAUAGAAAAGCUGCUGCCAGCAAAACAAUCUGUUCCCCAACUUGAUAUGACAAGCACCAAUGAAGAGCUGAAAGCUCUAAGGGAGGGAUUGGACUAA